GACGCUCCUCGUUUGUUGUAGUUGACGGAGCAAACAUGGCGUCGCGGUGUAGCCUCUCUGCUAUUUUUCACACUCAGAGUGAACUCGAAUACGCUUUAGAUGACGCUGCCACGCRAGAAGACAAAGAACAACUUGUUUACGAGUAUCUGAAAAAGGCGGACGAGAAAGAGGACCUAAAAAUCUCCGAUUUCCACACAGGUUUAGAGUGGCUGAACACAGAGGGACCUUUGUCUUUGAACAAGGAGCUGGCUGGUAAAGUGGUGCUGCUGGACUUCUUCACUUACUGCUGCAUCAACUGCAUGCACAUCCUGCCUGACCUGCACCAGCUGGAGAAGAGACACUCAGUUAAAGGUCCUGGACAACAUCCGGAGCGCUGUGCUCCGUUAUGACAUCUGCCACCCCGUGGUAAACGACAGCGAGGCGUCUCUCUGGCACGAACUGGAGGUCUCCUGCUGGCCCACACUGGUCCUGCUGGGACCUCGUGGCAACUUGCUCUUUGCCCUGGUKGGUGAAGGGCACCGGGACAGGCUGAUGCUUUUCACCGACAGCGCACUUCGGUUUUACGGCGAACGGGGCGAGCUGAAGACCCACUCGGUGGGAAUUAAGCUGUACAGGGACUCUUUGCCCCCCAGCAUCCUUUCCUUUCCCGGGAAGGUGGUUGUUGAUCAAAGCAACCAAAGGCUGGUGAUCGCAGAUACAGGGCAUCACAGAAUCCUGGUGGUGUCUUCUAAUGGACAACUACUACAUGUCAUAGGAGGACCUGGAAGAGGCAAACAAGAUGGCGACUUGUCUGAAGCGUCCUUUAACUCCCCUCAGAGCGUCGCCAUCAAAGAGGACACGGUUUUUGUGGCCGACACAGAAAACCACCUGAUCAGAAAGAUUGACCUCUCUCAGGGACGAGUCAGCACUUUAGCUGGAGUCGGUGCUCAAGGGACGGAUAAAGAUGGUGGGGCGGUGGGACCUGAGCAGCCAAUCAGCUCUCCCUGGGACGUGAUUCUUGGCACUGCCUGUGGCACUGAAGACAACGUGCUGUGGAUAGCCAUGGCAGGAACUCACCAGAUCUGGGCUUUGUUCCUGGCAGAUGGAAAACUGCCCAAAGGAAGCGAGUCCAAAGCGGGGACGUGUGUGCGAUGGGCGGGCAGCGGCAGCGAGGAGAACCGAAACAACGCCUACCCUCACAAGGCGGGCUUCGCGCAGCCCUCGGGCCUGGCUGCGGCCCCCGAGGAGCCCUGGGGCUGCCUGUUCGUGGCCGACAGCGAGAGCAGCACCAUCCGCACGCUGGCGCUGAAGGACGGCGCCGUCAAGCCUCUGGUUGGAGGAGAGAGAGACCCGCUGAACCUGUUUGCUUUCGGGGAUGUUGAUGGGAAAGGAGUGGAUGCCAAGCUGCAGCAUCCUCUCGGYGUCGCCUGGGCUCCUGAGCAAAAGCUGCUUUAUGUGGCUGAUUCCUACAACCAUAAGAUCAAGGUGGUGGAUCCAAAAACAAAACAGUGUACUACAUUAGCGGGGACAGGAGAGGCCGGAGACACUCUGGGACCCGACUUUAACAAAUCUCGCUUCAACGAACCUGGAGGAGUCUGUGUCGGCGACGGCGGGAAGCUUCUGUAUGUGGCCGACACAAACAACCACCAAAUCAAAGUUCUGGACCUGGAGUCCAAGACCGUCUCUCUGUUCCCCGUCCUCGCCGACCGCACAGACGCGGCACCUUCAAAGCCUCUGCGUGCGGCCAGGGCCCCGACUCUCCCGAAGUCGGCUGCCAGGAAGAGCACGCCGGCGGUGAACGUGUCCGCGGGGCAGACCGUCUGCGUGUCGCUCGCCCUUUCGCUUCCGGGAGGAGCCAAGCUCACCAGGGAAGCGCCGAGCUGCUGGGAACUGUCAGCAGAAGGUAACGAGUGGCUGCUGGGCGGUCAGGUAGUGAAUGGAGAAAUCGUGGAUCUGACGCAGCCCCUCGUUGUCUCAGCCAAACUGCCCCCUGUUCUGAAAGAGCCGGACGGAAACCUCAGCCUCACGUUAAACACCUGGGUGUAUUUCUGCACGGAGGCCGGGAAAGCCUGCAUGAUGAAAGCAGCCUCGUUUACACUGCCUCUUUGUGUGGACUCCAGCCCUGGAGCCGGAGAGGUCACUGUGACAUUAACUCAUGCCUUCUAGAACCUGCUCAGUCACCACAGCCUCAGAGUUUACAGUUUAUAUUGACAUGACAGGAAGACUUCCAAUUUCUAAGUCUAUAAACUAGGGCUGUGUAUUGGCAAGAAUUUGGCGAUAUGAUACAUAUCAUAACAGAGGGGUCACGAUACGAUAUAUCCCGAUAUAUUGGGAUACUGUUAGCAAGGCAGUAUAUUGCGAUAUAUUGCAUUUUUUGUCCAAAAAUUCUAUUAAAUAAAAACCUCUUACUGAAAAAAAAAGA